CACAUGUUCAAAAGAUUGACACCACACGUCCUCAGCUCUUAGAGCUUGGCGUGCACCACGAAACAACACUCAUCACACGGGAAUUGUUUGGCUCUAUCGAACCGGGCGCCUUACACUGAGUCAUGUAAUGCUUAUGGAAGCGAUAGACUCUUAUCGUGCAACCGGCCGCUCAAUUCCGAGCAUUGAUUCAACUGAGCUGACUGCCACAAUUCAGAUGGUCCGGGGAGAGUUCGCCGUAAUCUGGAAGUGCGUCAGAGCAGCGCGAUUCGUUGCGGUCAAGGUAUACCAAGUUAGCAAUCUUUUACACGAUGUUCAAAGAGUUUUCGAUCGAGUCGUGCGUGAUAUUGAAAUAUGUAAGCGAAUCCAAAACAACGGAGGUCAUAAGAACCUUGUCCCUUUCAUUGGAUGUUGCGGUCCCAAGGGCCGUGUGCCUUACAUCAUCAGUGCGUGGAUGCCAAACGGAGACGCACGCUCCUAUGUGCGCGAUAGAGAUGGAGAUGAGACCGAAUGUUUGAAGAUCUUUAUCGAUAUGGUCGAAGGUCUUGGUUUCCUUCACGAUAUUCGGCCAAACUUUGUUGCUCAUGGAAAUCUUAAAGCAAGCAAUGUGUUGAUAGACGAGGAUGGUUCAGCUCGGCUGGCGGACUUCGCUCUGGCAUCCGUUCGGGAUGAGAUUCUCGACACGGGAAGUCGUCCCCCACCAGUACAAUGGUGCGCCCCAGAGCGAUUAAGGGGAGAAGAAGGCAGUUCGGAAACGUCAAAAGCCUCAGAUAUCUACUCUUUUUCGUGUACCAUCCUUGAGGUGUGAUCCCUCCCCUCCCGCUGAAGUCAUUGGACCAUUU